UGAAGAUCUAAGUGUGCUCAAACCGGGUGAACUUGUCUUUCUGGGCGAAGUCAUUCUGCAACAAGUAUGCACACUUUGUGUGCCGUGUUGCUUUUGGCCUUCGUGGUCCUCGCCUGUUCUUCGCCCGCUGUGAACAAAUUGUGGGAAGAGUGGAAAACCAAACAUGGAAAAGUUUAUGAUAAUCAAACCAAGAUCGACUUCAGGAGGGCAGUAUGGGAGAAGAACGUGCACUUGGUGUUGAGACACAACCAGGAAGCCUCGGCGGGGAAGCACAGCUUCACGCUGGGACUGAACCACCUGGCUGACAUGACAGCCGAGGAGAUCAAUGAGAAUCUGAACGGCUUGAAGCUGGAGGAGACCGUUAAUUUCACAAAUGGCACUUUUAAGGAUGUGAGUGACUCAUCGUUACCUGCGAAUGUGGACUGGAGGAAAGAGGGCCUGGUGGGUCCUGUCAGAAACCAGGGUUUGUGUGGGUCAUGCUGGGCCUUCAGCUCUUUGGGAGCUCUUGAGGGCCAGCUGAAGAAGCGCACUGGUACACUUGUUUCCCUGAGUCCGCAGAACUUGGUGGAUUGCAGCACCCAGGACGGAAACCUGGGUUGCAGAGGAGGCUACAUCACGAAAGCCUACAGCUACGUCAUUCGCAACGGAGGCGUUGACUCGGAGAGCUUUUAUCCCUACGAACACAAGAAUGGGAAAUGCCGCUAUUCUGUCCAGGGACGGGCUGGCUACUGUUCCAAAUUCAGCGUCCUUCCAGAAGGAGAUGAGAAGAUGCUGCAGAAAGUUUUGGCAUCAGUGGGGCCAAUCUCCGUGGCCGUGAAUGCCAUGCUGGAAUCUUUUCAUAUGUACAGUGGAGGUUUAUACAACGUACCAAGCUGCAACCCAAAGCUGAUUAAUCAUGCUGUCUUGCUCGUGGGCUAUGGCACAGAUGCAGGACAAGACUACUGGCUGGUGAAAAAUAGCUGGGGAACUGCAUGGGGAGAAGGAGGCUACAUUCGGCUUGCCCGGAACAAGAAUAAUCUCUGCGGCAUUGCCAGCCUUCCAGUCUACCCUACAGUGUGAAAAUAUGGCCCACUAACUCAACUUAGUUUAUUUAAAUUAUUAUUAAAGACCAGUUAGUGUCACUGUGUUUUAUUUCACAUCAGCACUAAAGAUGUUUAAAGUCCAACCAACUGAAAUAACUUUUCAUCUGAUAAAAAAAAAACACAUAUCACUGUACUUUAAAUGUCUGACUACAUACUCACACAUGUCUGAGACUGAAAUACUUCAGCUCUCAUUCAGUAGUGUUGUUUCUACAUUGUACUCUAAGUAUUUAUUUACUUUUCUUUCUGCAUGUUAAACCUCACAGAUUUAAUAAUAGUGACAACGACAAGUGAAAAAAUUGAAAGAUUCAUAACAUUUUGUGCCAUGUAAAAAUACUUUAUGCACAUUCGCUUAUUUGUACAUUUCUAAGCACAAAUUUACACUCAAGAACAAUAAAGGUUUUGUCAACUGA